AGCUCCCCCGCCAGCCUCGACACCGUGACUGACUCGGCCGUACGGUAUCGAUUCCCGCCGGAAAAGGAAUCAGCGGCGAGCGCCAUCGACGGAAGCAAGUCAUUAGGUAUCUAGCUAGCUCCUUUAAGAGAGAAAAAAAAGGAGUUAUCUAGCUUGCUACUUCUAGGCGGAGGUUGAGAUGGUUCAGGCCGGAUUGGCUCAGCCGGCCCCGAGCACGGGGGCGCCGGCGAUGGCGGCAGCGGCGGUGCACGUCGCGCUCAAGAUCCCCUCCGGCGGGGGGCCGUAUGCACGGGCCAAGCACUACCAGCUAGUGGAGAAGGACUUGGACGCUUCGAUCGCGUGGUUUUGGAAGGCGAUCGAGACGGGGGACAAGGUGGACAGCGCGCUCAAGGACAUGGCGGUGGUGAUGAAGCAGCGCGGUUACCUGGACGACGCCGUGGACGCCAUCCGGUCGCUGCGCCACCUCUGCCCGGGGAAGCAGUCGCAGGAGUCCCUGGACAACAUCCUGCUCGACCUCUACAAGGCCAGCGGGCGCACCAAGGAGGAGAUCGAGCUGCUCAAGCACAAGCUCCGCCGGAUCUACCACGGCCAGGCCUUCCCCGCCGGCAAGGCCACCAAGCGCGCCCGCUCCCACGGCCGCAAGAUCCACGUCUCCGUCCAGCAGGAGACGUCCCGGGUGCUGGGCAACCUCGCGUGGGCCUACAUGCAGCAGCGCAACUUCAUGGCGGCCGAGGCCGUGUACCGCAAGGCGCAGAUGGUGGAGCCCGACGCCAACAAGGCCUGCAACCUCGCGCUGUGCCUCAUGGAGCAGGGGCGGCUAGGGGACGCCGAGGGGGUGCUCGCCGACGUGGUCGCCGGCGCGUUCCGCGACGGGAGGGAGAGGGAGCACGGCGGCGGGAAGGUCGUGAGGAAGGCGGAGGAGCUGCUGGAGCGGAUCAGGGCGGAGACGGGCGGCGGCGAGAAGGAGGCCGGGGAGGAGGACGCCGUCGAGGCCGACGAGAUGGCGGAGCUACUGGACAUGGUGGCCAGGCAGUGGGCCGCGCCGUACAGGAAGAGCCACCGGAGGCUGCCCGUGUUCGAGGAGAUCACACCGUUCGGCAGGGAGCAGAUGGCUUGCUAGCUCUAGAAGCUCAUGAGAACUCAAUAGAAGCUGUGAGUGUGCAGUAGCUUCACCAGAAUAUUGUGAAGCUCGUGAGAACUCAAUAGAAGUUGUGUGUGUGUGUGCAGUACUGCAGUAGCUUGAUCAGAAUGGUGUGAAGCGUACGUGUUAAUCAAUGUGACAUAUGUUCUAUGUUGGUGCUCAUGUAUGUAGAUGUGUUGCAUGUGCUGUGUACAAGUUCUUUUUGGCGGUUUCAUGUGUACAACAAUUUCAGUGUAUAUGUACAUAUAUAUACUACCACCCCUUUUAUGUGUACGCAUGAA